AUGGAGACCAGGGAGGACAAAUCCCCGUGGCAGAACCUCGAGGAGGAGGCUGUGUUGCGCAGCUCCAUGGAGAAGGAAUCCAAUGGGGAAGAAAAGACACAGAGAUCCUACAGGAGGAGAGGCUCUAAAUGCACCCCCGGGUGCUCUGAGGGGGAAAGACCCACCCUGUGCCAGGAAGAUGGAGAGGGCUUCAGCCAGGGCUUGGAGAUGGUGGUCCAGGAGCAGCUUCAUGAUGGGGAGAAGCCCUACAAGUGCUUGGAGUGUGGGAAGAGCUUCAGGAGGAGCAACACCCUGAUCAGCCACCAGAUGAUCCACACUGGGGAGUGGGCCUAUGAUUGUGGGAAGUGUGGGAGGGGCUUCAGCUGCAGCUCAGAACUUGUCGGACACCAACGCAUCCACAGUGGUGAGAGGCCCUGUGAGUGUCCCCAGUAUUGGAAGAGGUUUCACAGCAGCUCCAGUCUCCUCCUUCAUGAGCGGACUCACAUACAGGAGAGGCCCUUCCGCUGCCCGGACUCCGGGAAGGGCUUCAACCGCAACUCCAAUCUCAUCACCCACCAGCGUAUCCACACUGGGGAGAGGCCCUACGAGUGUCCCCAGUGUGGGAAGAACUUCACCCAGAGCUCUCAUUUGACCAAACACCAACAGAGUCACCAGUGA